GUCUUGCUGCUCGCUAGAAGGACUGACUUGAGGAGGAUCUCCCUGGACAUGCCGGAUUUCACGGACAUUAUUCUGCAGAUAGACAAUAUCAGACAUGCAAUUGCCAUAGACUAUGAUCCUGUGGAAGGCUACAUCUACUGGACUGAUGAUGAUGUCCGGGCAAUUCGUCGGGCCUACCUUGAUGGCUCUGGAGCACAGACUCUGGUAACCACGGAAAUCAACCAUCCGGAUGGUAUUGCUGUGGAUUGGGUGGCAAGGAACCUGUACUGGACUGAUACUGGAACAGACCGUAUUGAAGUGACCCGGCUGAAUGGGACAUCAAGAAAGAUCCUUAUCUCAGAAAACCUAGAUGAACCUCGAGCAAUAGUGCUCCAUCCUGUAAUGGGCUACAUGUAUUGGACGGACUGGGGUGAAAGCCCGAAGAUAGAAUGUGCUUAUUUGGAUGGCUCAGAAAGGCGAGUACUGGUGAAUACGUCCCUAGGUUGGCCUAAUGGCUUGGCACUGGACCUGGAAAAAGACAAGCUCUACUGGGGAGAUGCAAAAACAGAUAAAAUUGAGGUCAUAAAUGUUGAUGGAACAAUGAGGAAAACCCUCCUAGAAGAUAAGCUUCCACAUAUAUUUGGGUUCACGCUGCUGGGAGAUUACAUCUACUGGACUGACUGGCAGAGACGAAGCAUUGAAAGAGUUCACAAGAUAAAGGCUAGCAGAGACAUCAUUAUUGAUCAGCUGCCAGAUUUAAUGGGCCUUAAAGCAACAAGUGUUACCAAAGUGUUUGGAACUAAUUCAUGUGCAGAGAACAACGGAGGCGCAGCCAUCUGUGUUUCUUUACACCCCAGGAGACCAGGUGUGCCUGUCCCAUUGGCCUUGAGCUGUUGA